UUUGUUUGACUUUCGGAUACUAAACAAACUAAAGAUGUCAUUCAUUAUACGAUUCAUUGGAUCUAUAUUUGUGUUAACACUGGGUCUCAGAUAUUUACCUUUGGACAUACUUUUGGUGACACCAUUGAUUCAAUUCAUUGCCACAACACUUCUUGUAUUGAUAUCGUCGGCAAUAUUUGCGGUUUUCUAUCCGAAAGACAAACAAACACCAAAACCGCCUAAAGUUGAGGCAAAAUAUUUUGGAAAUGAAGUUCAAUGGACUGAAGGACAGACAUUACCCGUCGAGUCAACAGAUAUUAUACCAUUUGAAGUGAAAGUUUCGGAAGAAGUGUUAGACGAUCUCAACAGACGUAUAGACAACACACGAUUUGCAGAACCAUUGAUUGACUCGGCAUUUGAGUACGGAUUCAAUGGAGACUACUUGAAAACAGUUGUCCAUCACUGGCGACACAAUUUUGAUUGGCGUCAUCAAGAAAACAGAUUCAAUCGAUUACCGAAUUACAAGACACGAAUCCAAGGAUUGGACGUUCAUUUCAUUCACAUUAAACCAGAAAAGUCUGCAAAGAAAGUCAUUCCUCUUCUGGUUGUCCACGGAUGGCCCGGUUCGGUGGUUGAAUACUUGACAGCCAUUGAACAUCUCAUUAAAGAAGAAAACGGAGUGGCCUUUGAAGUGAUUUGUCCGUCAAUUCCCGGUUUUGGUUUCUCUUCGGCGCCCAAACGCAAAGGUUUUGGUGUACCGCAAACGUCACAGAUAUUUGUGGAACUAAUGCGUCGUUUGGGACACAAAAAGUUCUUCAUUCACGGCGGCGACUGGGGAUCAAUCAUCGCUCAGACGACGGCUAGAGUUUAUCCCGAAAAUGUUCGGGGAAUUCAUAUAACAAUGAUCGGCGGUAUAUAUAGUUUGAGAGGUUGGCCACUAAUUCGCUAUAUUAUCGGUGCUUACAUUCCGUCACUAUUUUUGACAACCGAUGAAUAUUCACUGAUGUAUCCGUUUUGGGAGAAAUUUACGUUUUUGUUACGUGAAUCGGGAUAUAUGCACAUCCAGUCUACAAAACCCGAUUCAGUUGGUACGGCACUAACAGACAGUCCAGUAGGUCUAUGCGCUUAUAUAUUGGAAAAGUUUUCCACGUGGACUAAUCCAGACAAUACUACCAAACAAAACGGUGGUCUCGAAGAAAAAUUUAAAUUAGACGACUUGUUGACUAAUAUUAGCGUCUAUUGGUUGACAGGAAAUAUAACCUCAUCCCUGCGUUACUAUAAGGAAUCGUUCGGCAAUACACCCAGCGGUAAAAUUUUGGUGCCGACAGCUGUGGCCGAUUUUCCACACGAAUUGGCCCGAAUGCCCGAAAAAUGUGUAUUUUGA